AUGUCUCUACGGUACUUUCUACUAUUCGUUCUCCUUCGGAGUACAUCCGGUAGCCUUCCCAACACUCGAAUCUUUGGUGGUCAAAGAGUUGAACCGGGCGAACUACCACAUACCGUGCUGAUUCGUCUGAACCGACAAGCUGACCAAGGUGAGCGUUUGUUCUGUGGCACGAUCCUAACGGAACGAUGGAUCUUGACGGCUGCGCAUCCGUUACAAAAUGAUGUCCACCGUCCGGAAGCAUUCGAGGUGAUCGCCGGAAAGCACGAUCUUCAAUCUCGGGACCUCAAGGAACAAUCCAGAUCGGUAAGAGAAGUGAUUAAACACCCGGAACAUACGAGCUUUGUCCUUGGACUACACGAUGUUGCCCUGCUUGUUCUAGCAGAACCACUGGAGUUCACCGAUAGUGCACAACCUAUCGCAGUCGACAUCAGUGCGGAUUACCCGAACGGAGUUGGCACAGUCACGGGUUAUGGAACACUUUUGCAAAACGGAAAGCAAACUAAUUUUCUUAUGAAACUGUCAGUGAAUAUUCUCCCAAUCGAAACUUGUACUAGCGCUCAUCAGUCCUGGAAUCCGUCUAUCAUCUGUACCGAUCCAGGAACGUGCGAAGGAGAUUCCGGAUCGCCACUGGUACAGUGGCGAAAUGACCGUUGGGUUCAGGUUGGAUUGAUGUCGUUUGGAGAACAGUGUGUCUACUAUGGAGUGCCAACGUACUACACCUUCGUAUCGCAAUAUGUCAGUUGGAUCAACGAAACCAUGCUGACGGCUAAAACCGAUGACACCGACGGAGCUAGUUCGCUUAGAGUUGGCUUAUUGCUUGCUGCAAUAAUUUUGAUAACGUUUUCAGUGUUCAAUUAAGCGAUACAACGACGUACCCGCCGUGCAUACAGAGCUCACGUUGUGUAUCCAUUCGGUUAUCAAUAUUUGUUUAGUUAUUCAUUAAAUCAAAUCCAUCUUGCUGUAAUCAACAUUCAUUCUGUGGCGUUAAGUAACAAUCAUCAAUCUAAUUUGCAUCUUUCCCAGUGACCCAAGGAGACACCUACGGAAACCUGUAUUCCUAUUCAAAUUUUAUAAUAAUUUGCAUACAAGCGCCUGUGUGUGCUCAAUCUGCCUGGGGAACCCAAAAAAUCCCACGAGUCCGAAACGGCUUUCUCAUUCUGUCCCGAUCCAUCACACACAGCCAUGGUGGUGUUCUCAUACACUCAUUGGUUCGUAUCUCUCGCUCUUGCACUCAUCAAUUGUCCCCCACUGGCCUGCUCACGCGUGCACUUCUUCCAUAGCUAACACAGCAUAUGGUUCUCUCCCUUCCAUUUCGGCCAACUACCGAUCAGCUGCUUCGUUCGUAUGCCGGCUAGCUGUCGAGUGUGUAGAGUGCUCAACUUGCAGCGAUAGCGAAUGAGCUGAGCUCACUUGACGACGGCACUACGGGCGAGCUACGCCUACCAAUGCCCGUCCGUAUUGCUGCGCUCCUGGUCAGACGAAUUCGCGUUCGAACAUGUGGUUGUCGAAUGAGUUUUUCUCCCGGUUUAACUUGGUUGCAACGAACGGCACACAUUGGCA